CUUUCCAGUCUGGUGGCAAUGCACCAGAGCACCGCCCAGUCUAGAGGAUUAGGCACGACGACCUGCACACAGAAGGCCAAGGCAAGCUCAAAUCGUAAGAGAAGGCGUGUGGGGGAGCCCGGAAGAAGUACUAGUUUGGCUGCUCUCUGAGCCCUUAGCCUCUCCUCUCCGCAUCUCUACUCCUCUCAGCCUCCGAGCCCCGGGAGCUCACUGGUGAGGGCUCCUCACCACUCCUGCCUUUGUUAAGAUCUGCUUUCCGGAAAGGAGCUGGUAGAUGUUUUCACUAUAUUAAAACAUGUAAAACAUAUAUGACACGACUAGUGACAAGUAUUCUUUCUUCUUGAGGUAUGCUGCUCUAAUUAAAAAUGCGCCACCGUUCUUCGAGCGGGGAUGGGGCAGCAGUUCUUGGUGCUCAGCCCCAGGAACUGAGAGCAGGGGACGAGUCUUUGUAUCCUUUAGCAACUAAAGUCACAAAUAACAACAGUUUAAAGCUUAUUUUUGAAUUAAAUUUCGUUGUAACAAUCGUUCAGAGCCCAGUCUAAUUUAACAAAAGGAUUUGAGAAAGAAUAUAGCAAAGCAAAUUCACACAAACAGCGUUAAACUAAGAUCCAACGGUGGGAGCCCUGCAGUAAGGGUGGCUCCUGCCAGCGGGGGCAGAAACAGACCCUCCCGCCAGAACCCAGGCCAGACUGAGCUCCAGAGGUAAGGGCUGAAAGAAAUGAGUCCCAGCCCAAACAAACUGAUCGGCUGGCCUCUAAGAAGGCCCUAUCACCGGGUCCUUUCCAAUCCCUUUCUGGUGCCACUUCAUGCUGUGAUCGCAGAGCCAUCGAUGGAUGGAUUUGAUGACAAUCAGUCCUAUACUUUUUAGGAUCUCUGUGUUUUUCCCAGCUCCUGCUUUUUUACAAUAAGAUAUGUGAGUCAUACAUAGGGAACAGGAUGGGGACUAUCUUGCAUGUGGUGCGGGGAGAAGAAAUGCAGAUUCGUCAGUUUAAGAGAGAGAAAGUCAAGGGCCACGAGUAUUUCCGAGGUGGGUCAUCAGAGCAGAAACCACGCUCCCUCUCUCUGCGAAGGCCCAGGAGAGCUCUGCCAUAGGACUGUAGCUUGGCCAGGUGGAGAACGGGAGGCAGUGGCGGACGUGCACACCGGUCCAGGAACCUGGAGAGGGGAACGUAGUUCAGUUCUCCAGGGUUGGGUUUGGCAACUUCUGCUCUGGCAUCCGAGGAAGGAAGGAGUGCCCGUGCGCAGCGGAGAUGCCACCUUCCCCAAAGCUAUGGACAACGUGACGGUCCGGCAGGGGGAGAGCGCCACCCUCAGGUGUACCAUAGAUGACCGAGUCACCCGAGUGGCCUGGCUAAACCGCAGCACCAUCCUAUAUGCCGGGAAUGACAAGUGGUCCAUAGACCCUCGUGUGAUCAUCUUGGUCAACACACCAACCCAGUACAGCAUCAUGAUCCAGAACGUGGAUGUAUAUGAUGAGGGCCCAUACACCUGCUCUGUGCAGACGGACAACCACCCCAAAACUUCCCGGGUUCACCUCAUAGUUCAAGUUCCUCCCCAGAUCAUGAACAUCUCCUCAGAUAUCACGGUGAAUGAGGGAAGCAGCGUGACCCUGCUGUGUCUUGCUAUCGGCAGACCAGAGCCAACGGUGACAUGGAGACACCUGUCUGUCAAGGAGGGCCAGGGCUUUGUGAGUGAGGAUGAAUACCUGGAAAUCUCUGACAUCAAACGUGACCAGUCUGGGGAGUAUGAAUGCAGCGCCUUGAAUGAUGUCGCUGCACCUGACGUGCGGAAAGUAAAAAUCACUGUAAACUACCCUCCCUAUAUCUCAAAAGCGAGGAACACCGGUGUCUCAGUUGGUCAGAAAGGCAUCUUGAGCUGCGAAGCCUCUGCAGUGCCUGCGGCUGAAUUCCAAUGGUUCAAGGAGGACACCAGAAAAGGAUUAUGGGAACUAUACUUGUGUGGCCACAAACAAGCUGGGGAACACCAAUGCCAGCAUCACACUGUAUGGGCCUGGAGCAGUCAUUGAUGGUGUAAACUCGGCCUCUAGAGCGCUGGCUUGUCUCUGGCUAUCAGGGACCCUCUUUGCCCACUUCUUCAUCAAGUUUUGAUAAGAAACCAUAGGUCCUCUGAGCAACGCCUGCUUCUCCAUAUCACAGACUUUAAUCUACACUGCGGAGGGCAAACCAGUUUGGGCUUCUUUUUGUUUGUUUGUUUCUGUUCUUCUUCUUGAUUUUUUAAAUUUUUAGGUGUUUUGAUUUGUUUAUUUGAUUUGUUUUUUCCAGUUUGAAUGAGUGGGGUGGGGGGGAGGGGUGGGCAGGGUUCUACCAUGUGUAGGAUGAUCAUUCAUUGGUGUGUCCAAAAUAGAAUCUGCUCCUGCUGCCUUGGCCCUUCCUUUUCCUCUGCUUCUCUCCCCAUCAUCAUCACCAACAACCUCUCCUCCCACUAUGUUCCAAACCAUAAGCUCCAUUUGGGAAAAAAAAUGUGCCUCAUGAUAAACACUCUAAAGACACAACUUCACUUACAAUGUAGUGCACAGCAAGAGUUAUAUCCAAGUGUCCUAUUAUCCGUGUCUUUUAAGGUAUGGACCAUUUUCCUGAUUAUAAUGUACAUAUCCCUCCCUCCAAGUUUAUUAUUAUCUAAUUACAUUAGGGGUCACAUCCCCUCUUUCUGAGAACUUAUCUCAAUAUAUCCAUAUCCAUAUAUAUACAUACAUAUAAUCUUGCCAUCUUCUGUAACCGCUCUGCCCUAUGCACUUUCUCCACCAGCUACAGGGAUUAGGAGUUUGGGGCUAUGCACACAAACUAAAACUAAAAAUUGAGAAGUCAAGGGACAAAAAAAAGGGGGAAGCAUUUGGAGGAUGGUACUUCUCUUUAAAAAAUGCUGUCUAACACAUAAAAAAUGAUGCAUAGAUGGCUGAUUAUUUACGUUUUAUCAAGCUAUCAAAGUAAUCAUAUGGUUAUCCAUCUACUCAGUUGUCUGAUUUACCUCUCCAUCCAAUUAUCUACCCACCAGUCUUCCUCUCUAGCAAUCUAUUUACUCUAUUUAUCAAUCUAUCACUGUAAUUAUCUAAUACUUUUUUCUGUUUCUUUCCCCACUACUCACUAUCAAUUCAUCACCAUAUUAAUUUCUAAUCAUACUGUAUCUAUUCCACUGUAUUCAUUUCUCCUCUACCUUCAGCAGACAUUGCCAUCUUCAAAAUUACCUAUCAACGUCUCAUGUGAAAGCCAAUGAUCUCACAGGCUAACAACAUAGAAAAGCAAUAUGUCGUGGACUCUUUGGAAUGUGGUGUUCUAUCCACCCAAAGUAGAUGCUGUUAACUGAUGGACCAAAGUAGCAAUCUAAAGGUCAGUCACUCACUAUUCCCGGAAGAGACUGUUUCCAAAAACAUCUUCUUGGGAAGCAGAUCAGCCCUGAAAAAGCCUUGAGCAGUACUGUGUUUCCUUCUUUCACACUCAAAGGGCCAACGUGUCAACCUUCAUGCUUUUCUCAGCCUUUCAAGAAAGUGCAUGUCAGGAACCUAUGAGAUUUACUCCAUGGCUGACUUUUCUUAACAAGAAGAAUGUAAGGAAAAAACCACACAUCUCUCUCUGCAAUGCGAAGGGAGUAAUCCACUUGUCCGAGUGCAAUGAUUUCAGCUAUUGUCUCCUCUCUGCUCCAGUUUUGGUUUAACCUGUUUGAAAAAUAUCCAGUACAAAGCUGAUGGAAGCCAAUUACAUGGCGGGUGUGUUGACAACUCUGGUAUUUGUUUCAGGAAGCUCUUCUGAGCUGAGGGUACUUGAGCAACUGACUUAAUUUCCAAGCACUUGAUUAAUACAACACUGAAAACAGAAGGGGGAAUGUGUGAGUGACACACAGUUUCCUCUGAUACAGGCUGCUUUUCCAGGGGCUUUGGGGCUUUGUCCUCAGCUCUCCAUGUUCAGAACAGAUCCAGCAUACAAACAAGAGCUGACCUGACCUUUCUGCAUCAUCUUCUGGGACAAGAAGGACUCAGCCUGCAAGGGUGCCUGUGAUCCAAAAGAACGACAUUGAAAACCACGCAGGUAGUGCCUCUCUCUGCCUCUGCUGCAGGGACUGAUGGACUGAGAGGAUGAGAAAGAAGCAUCAGCAAUGACUCUCUCACAGACCUGCCCGCCUCAGCUGGAAAACCCUUUCAGGUCCACAGUCUAAAAAAUAAUAAAUAUGAGCUCUAUAGAGUUCCAUUCUCUAGCACUUAAUUGAUCUUCUUCCUCCCAUACAAGUGGCCUCUUUGUUUUUGUCCAUUAUGACACAUGAACGUGACAUACACAGUGAAAUAUAUGCAUAGAUAUAUAUACAUAGAUAUAUGAAUAUAUGUGUACACAUACAAACAUAGACUGUCUUGGCAAACAAAAGGCUAGGCGCUUUCAUAAGAGUUAGAGCUGGUGUGAGUGAAAUUAAUAUUACAUUUGCCAGCUGUAAACAGACAUCUGCAUCUCCUAGUGAGCUGCCAGGAGCCAGAUUCUGGAAACAUAAAUGAUGGGCCAAAAGCGGCAUAUCGAUUCCAAGUUCCACCAACAGACACAAAGUCAAAAUUAAAGGUUGGAUGGCAAUGUUUCAGAACCGUCACCACAUUCAGCACGUGGAGUCGGGUUGGUGUCAGAAAUUGUAUGAGAAUUAAAUGUGUCAUUUGAGUCUUCUACUGAUAAUAAAUUUGUUACUUUGUAGUAAAAUAAAUGUAGAGGCUAUGGGGAGUGGAUGGUCUUAAAGAACACAGUGCUUGAAAUGGACAAGCUGUACAUGUUCUUCACUCCAAGACUGUUCUAGAGGAAGAAACCCAUCCUCCUUUGGCCAGGAAGAUCUCCAGCACCUUUCCAACACAAUGAGGCUGGGUCUCAGUCACUAGGGCACUCUGUGCUGCCCUCCUCCACUGGAUACCAGGAAGCACCUCUGGUGGUUACUUAUUCCAGCCACGUUUCAGAGGAACACAAUCCUACAGUCAAUCCUCAUCUGUCUGGGAUAAAGGAAACCAAGUAAAUAAGACCCAAGGACUGGGCACUGGGAAAGAACAUGACUCUUGUUCACGACAGACAUGCUCCAGCUGCUGUGUUGUUUGGGUUACGUGCUUGGGGGUGGCUCCAUAUGACAGUAGCUACUACUCAACAUUUUGAAGUAUAUAGAACAGUAAAUAGUGACUAAAGACAAUAUCCAGACUCACAAAUGCUCUUUCAACUUUACAUAAGGAGGGUGGAUACAUAAGGCCGGCUGGAAAGAUUUUUUUCAAGGUGCCAAUGGUUUGGUGGGGGCAGGGGUAAAUUAUGGAAAAAUAAACAAUCUCUGAGUAACCUAUAGCUCUUGACGGGUUUUCCACAUGAGAAGGAAACCAAACAAGGCUUAUCAAGAGAUUAGGCGACAGGAAUUUAGCAACUUAGUUACUCUGAAACCCUUCCCCUUCCCAAAACAAAGUCCAUAUGUACUUCCACCAAAGUAAUGCCAAUGAAAGUGCUAGUGUUAAGGCCCUUGCCAAGCUCGUUUUUCAGUAGUUUAAUGUCAAGUGCCUGAUACAGUCAUUUACAAGUCUAAGCAAGUGCGUUUAGUUUUUCUCAUUCUUCUUUUAACUGGGGGAGGGAGGGCAUAUAGGGGAGUGGUGGUCAAAACAUGCACGUAUUUUAUUCCCAGAGCAUUGUGCAUGGUUAUUCUGCUGUAACUGUUACCAACUGAACAAAAGAAAAGGUAAGGCUUUGUAUGUAAGAGAGGCUUGGACGUCUUUCCCCUGAAACUCAUGCUUCAUAUUAGAUGAUACAUUUCACAGGCGGAGUGGUUAUUCUAGAGGGAAGUGUGCUCUGGGACUCCAGAAACUCCACAAACAAGGAUGAGUUUAAGGAUAUGUUUCUGCAUCAGUCCAGUCAACUUGCUCUCAACAUGCAGGAGUCAGCAAGUUCUACCUACUCUGGAAGAACUCUCACGUGAAAAGAGUAGAGAACCUCAAAGCGGGCAGUUGAUCCCAAAGAGAAUUUAUCGUGGAAAUUGCGUUUAGGAGUGGCUGUAAACUGAUUGCUCUAGUUUUGGUUGAUUCUUCCAGUGCCAUUGGGAAUGUCUUCUCCUUUGUCGUUGUGCAUGGAUAUCAUCAGCCCCUUUAGCAGAAGGGGGCGAGAAUGUCUGGAGAUGAGGUGAGAUAUGGGCUCAGGGUCGUCUUUCCCAGUGUUACCCUGAGUCCUCACCAGAGAAAAACUGGCUUUGCAAUACAUGGAACAAGUUCUCUCCAAAAUCCCCCCACCAAAAAAAAACCCCAAUUUCUUUUCUUUUUUAAAAAAAGUGAAGUUCAAUCUGUUUGGAAUUAGGGGAAGCAGCAUACAAUUUUUCUUCUUGGCAAAAUUCAUUUUUUCUCUUUUUCUCAAACAAUGAGAAUCUUUUGUUUUCAUUUUGCAUAAGCCCUAUUCCUGAAAACUUUACCCAGCCGCCUCCCUUCCUAUUAUCCAAAGCUUCCCUGUCUUCUUAUUUAAAGACAAAUAAGUUAGAGCAGCUGCAGCACAACUUCACAGGUGUGCAACUAGAAGGCAACGUUUUCUAAAAGUGACCAGAAGAUGAGAACACCUAAUGAUCACUAAAAGCAAACAAAUAAAAUGCCAAUCUCAUUUCCCUCUUUUCUUGCUUAAGAGAAGAGAAGUAAAUGGAAGGAGGAAGAAAUAGAUAUGCAAUUAAAAGAUGUGGCAAAAAGAUAGAGCUGAACCAGUGCAAUUUAGCUGUCAGGUGCAGAGUACUCAGAGUCCAAAGGAACGUGGAGUGGACUUAAUUAGACACAAUUGUCUUCAUCCUGAAAGUAGUCAGCUAAGCCUAAUUUCCAGUGUUUUGAAAGAGAUUCCUUUUUGUUUCUUUCAAAGGCACACAGUUCUUCCAGUUGUUCCAUGCCACUGAAUGCAGAAAGAAAGAUUGUGAACCCUCUACUCUCCUUUUGGGGCCACAUUCUACACUACUGGCAGAGUUAUAAGAAUAUCAAUAAUAGAAUGAUAAGUAAUAAUAGCUGCCCUUGUGUUAGUUAAAGGGAGCAUUUUUAAUCAUUCAGAAAUUUUUGUGACAUGUAAAGUGCAGUUGUGAGGAAUGUGUGGGUAUACGAAAAUGUAUCUGUCAAGUUCAGAGUCUUCUAGAUUUAAAAAAAAAUAUAUGACUUAUCAAUGGUGCCGUUAUAGCUGUGUCAGACAAUGGGUGUGCCCAUUCUCACAAUUAUCCUUAAAAUAAAUCUAUGUUCAAAUGCUUUAAAAAUUUAUCACAUGAUACAAGAGUAUAACUUUGUCAACCUUCUAGAGUUAUUUUUUCUUUUAUUUUCUUUCUUAUUUUUUCCUUUAAAAAUCAAUGAAGACUUGAUUUCUGUCUAUAAUUGUAUUAAGGGUGAAUAUACUACCUGAAUUUUGUGCAUGUUACAUUGUAGUUGUAACCUUUUCUAAUUCAGGAUGAAUACGAGAUGGUUGUGAUUGUGCAGUGUAUCAAUAAAGUUCAAAGAAAUUUGUAACUUUUGGGGGGCUGUUUAUUAGGACAUCCCAUGAGUAUGCAGGAAUGGAGAAAAGUGAAGGAGGCUAUGCUUCUCCCAUGUGUGUGUUUUAGGCUUUGGGGAGUAGAUGCAAUCAGAAAACUGAGUAGCCUAUUUCUCUCUCUCUCUCCCUCUCUCUCUCACACACACAUGUACAUACACACUAUAUGAAGGUAGAAGGCAGUCUAAGCAUUUUCCAUUUUACACAAGUAUAUCAAAUAUCUAUGCCAUUUAUAAAUAGUGUAAAGUGCAGUUGCAACUUCAAAGUCUAAAUUAUUUAUUGACCUAGGCUAAAAUGAAUUUGGAAGGGAAGUUUCAGAAAAAUAAGGAGCAGAUACUGCUCAUUUUGAGCACUCUACUCCUGAACAGUUCCUGUGGUUUGAUUCCAGUGAAUUAAGCACCACUUUGACAAGAGUAAGUAUGAGAAGAUAUGGUGCCUAUGAUGUACAUACAUACUUAAAAGCAUAGGGAUUAAUUGUCUCAAUCUUAGAUUUUAAUGUAGUAUACAUAUGAAUAAUAACAUGAGAAAGAGACCUGGAAAAGAAGUUCCAUUGACCUGAUUGCCUUUUCUAAAAUGCCUUUCUCUUUCAAUCAAACUCUAACUCCUCUACUUUCAUCACACAUUCUCUUCUGAAGGAAUGGACAUUACCCUCUUUCUUACAACUCAGCUUCUCAUCAAGCAUUUAUACAUCAAUUAGUGCUUCCUAGUUCUGCCUUUAACUGGAUAGGUGAUAUUGGACUAGGCACUUGAACUUGCUAGUCUUUGUUUCCUCAUCUGUACCAUUUGUGAAUUUAUACCCCUCAUAUUCUAGUUCAAAAUUCUCUGGACGGUUUUGAUUUCUCUUUCAACUAUUAGGUUUUUCAUGACUUACCCUGAAUAAAGCUUUGGGCCAGUGGCUAAUUAUGGUUUGGGAAUUUGCAGAAAGUGGGUUAAGAUUUUUCAGUUAAUUUGAGAGCAUGGCUAGCUUCUCCGGCCAAAGACCCUGAGUUGGACUUGGGAAGUUUGUUUCUUGUUGGCUUCCUAGGAAGACAAGGGCUAAUUCUCGACCUUUUAUGACUUAGUCUCCCCCACAGGGGAUGGAACACAGAUGACUUGAUAGACUAGAUCAUGUUCCUUGUAGAUUAAAAUACCAGGGAAAUGGUAGGUACCAAUGAUUGAGAGUUUCCAAUUUCCUCAGACUGUUAGUAAAAUCAUGACUUGUUGAUGAAAGGAAUUUCCAGUUCCUCUAACCAUCUUAAUACCUUUAGAGCUCUCUUUUCCCCUCUUUUUACUUCUUCCUUUUAAUAUUCUCUUCUCAUCCACACCUGAUCUUUUCCUGUUCCUGUCCAUACCACAUCAUUUACUCAUCUAUCUACUUUCCUGCUGGCAUAGACAUUUAUCAGUCUUUCACUUCGUCUAGCCACUCAGCUCCAUCAAUCAUCAAUGUAUCCAUUUAUUCCUCCAUCAGCUAACCACUCACCUAUUCAUUCACAUAUUAUUUCCCCAUUUAUCUGACCCAUGUUCCAUCUAUACACUCACACACCUCCCUAAUAUGACCAUUCCCUAUCUAUUUAUUUAAACCAUCUAUCCAUCCCUCACUUGUCAAUCCAUCCACCAAGCAUCCUCCAGCUAGCCUUUUGCACACAUACUUAUUUACCAACCCACUUCAAGGUAAUGAAAAUCUUUGCUGUUAUCUCUCCAUUCUGCAAGAGAGGAUUUAUCUAGUUAUUCUUAUGUAUAGCAGCUAAACAAUUGAUGCAUUUUUGUUCUCCUCACCCAAAAUACACCCUAUUAAAAACAUAUACAUAGAGAAGUGCUUCAGGAAAUAUAUUAAGGGCAUAUUUGUUCCUAGUAUGAUGUAUUACAAUAAGAAGAAGAUGGGGAACUGGGAGUGGAGUGGAAAUACCCAGAUAAGCAGAUGCCCAUGUUUAACUUUCUAACACUGGGAACGCAGUCAUGCAAUGAACAUAACAAAUGACUGAAGGAACAGAUAGGAGAGACCUCAACUGGCAACUGCUCUUUCUUUUCUGUUUGAUUUUCUCUUGAAUAGAUUAUUUAUUUUGAUGAAAACUAGGGGAUGAGACUAAUUGGUACCAAAUCCUAUGAUCAGUUUUGAAAUCCAAAACCCUCAGGCUACAAACGAUACUACCUUCCUUUAACAUGUUCAUUUGCUCAUUAGGAAAUCUUUUUUUCUUUAAUUUUUUCCAUUUAUUCAUUUAUUCAUGCAUUACAUUUAGUGAGGAACUCCCCUUAAGGAGCUCACAUCCAAGUUGUGAAAACAGCUGUAUAAAAAGAAAAAUUACAGCAUAAUAUUGCAAAUGUUAUGAUAGAGAUAUGCGAAAGUGACUGCAGAGGGAGCAAUAUUGGGAGAUGAUUAGGAAGCUUCUUUGUCCCCCCCAAGGAUGAAAAGCUGGGAUGUAGAGCUAAUAUAGACAGUGGACAUGGUGAACAGACAUUACUGCAAAAAUAAAUGGGGUACUGGGACCAUGGCACCUUUCAGUUUUCAGAUAUUCAUUGAAGAAUGAAUAAAUAUCUGUUGGAUGAAUAAGUACCAUUCAUUCCACUUUCCAAGGAGUUAAAACUAUAAAUGUUUUAUAGGGGUUAAAGGAGUUAAAACUAUAAAUGUCCAAAGGGUCACACUAUGCAAUUGGUGGCAAAGCUGACACAAGAUCUUCCGGAGAGGGAGAUGUACCAUCUAGAAUGUCAAAUCUGGUUAGAAUAUAAAGUUUCAUUCCCACGUGGGAUUAUAGAGCAUAUUAUCUUUCGCUGGAUCUCAAAGCUCCAAGAGUCUUUCUGAUGGGGUAUGUCAUCCAAUGAGGGAAAGAGAAAACAAUGAGUGGGAGCUUGGGCAUAUCAGAGACUGAAGGUGAGAGGCAGAGAUUAAGUGUGGACUUGCUGAAGAGAACCCAAGUUUCUCCAGAUAAGAGUGGCCUAAAACUCUGGAAUUUAGGAUGAACUACUUGGCUUAUUUGCAUUUAAGUGCUUCCCAACAGCAUCUCUUACUUCAAAAAUAAGAAUAUUUACAGUUUUUAUCUCUCCGUUAUUUGCUAUGUCCUGUAAGACAUAUUUCCUUUUAUUUAAAGUCCUCCAACCUAGUAUUUUCUCCUCAGAGACAAAGUGUGAUGUGUGUGUGAUACAGGGGGAAAUUGUUUUUAAAUUCUGGCCUCACAAGUUGCAAGUUACCUUGGACCAAUUUCUUCCGUCUCUGAACUUCCAUCUCGUCUUUGUUAAUACAGUGGUAAUAAUAAAUGCCUCAGGAGACUGCCUGUGGGAGUUGUUAGGGUGACUGGGGGGUGGGGUUAUUGAACGUAAUAUGUGGUACAUGUUAGUUGCAAAAUAAACAUUAGUUUUGUUCUCCUUCUUCCCUCAGCCUUCCCUCAGUGUCCUUCCUUUCCUGAGCUUCUGUAUGAUACAAUCUCAAUUGUGUUUGCUUCUUUCAAAAAAGGAAAAAUUGCAUAUAUUUUUUAUUGAAGUUUAAAAAGGGGAAACCAAUCUCUGACUGUUAGAUUAUUCAAGGAUGCAAGCUUGGAAAGUGGGAAGAUAUUGAGAAGAAAUUCAAAGAAAUAUUGAAAAAAUAAAGAAAAUAGAACCUAAUUUUCAAUCUAAUAAACUUUUAUUAGAUAGCUAAUAUAUGACAAGUGCUGAGGAUAUGAACCUGAGUGUCUACCUUCAAGAAAAUCCUAGUCCGGGGAGGAUUGAAAAUUCCAGCAUAACAUGGUAGUGUUUAAGGGUCAGAGGAGCCCGGUAGAGGGCACCUAACCAGAGAGCAGGGCUCAAGACACACUUUCCGAAGAUGAGAUGUGAGCUGAGUCUUGAAGAAGAAGAAACCAGCUAGGAAAAGAGAGGGAAGGGAGCAAGUGAGUAAGGGAGACGCUCGUCCUUGAUGAAUCCAUACAGGCACGAGAAGCAUAGCAAGGCCAAGGAACUACAAGUGCAGAUUAUCCCAAGAGGGGUGAGGGCGGGGGCGGCAUGGCAGGAGACAAGGCGGAAGGGGUAGGCAAGGGCAAGAUCCUUAAAAACUUUACAAGAAAUGCUGAGAUAUUGGGAUUUGUCCUAAAAGAGGUAGGGGAGACAUGGAAGCAUGUAAUCAGUAGAGUGGCUAGAUUGGGUUUGCAGUGUAGAAAGAUCACCAUGGCAGGAGGGCAGAUUAGUGGGCGUUGGUCAAACUGGUAAGGGAGAAUCACGUUGGGACAAUUGAAAUAAUUCAGGUGAGAAAUGAUGAAGUGUAAUAAGAAGUAGCAGGAAAAUUGGGAUGAUUUUUAGAAGGUAGAUCAAAUGGGAAGGGCUGGAUGUAUGGAGUCAUAGACAAUGUGAAAUAUGGGGAAUAUUCCAGGUUUUCAAUUUAGCCAGCUGGGUGGAAGAUGGUACCAUUCUAUGAUUUUGACAACUUAGGAGGAUGAUGAGGUUCCAUACAGUUUUUGAAAUAUCCAGUUUCAAGCAUCCUUAGAACGUCCAGGUGGAGAAGUUUAAGCACCAUCAGCAUUUCCUGAGUCAUCUAAUCAUAUCCAUCAUCAUCUACAAGGGAUGCAUGAUUUCCUUCCUCUGCCUCUCACUUUACUUCCAUAGGAACUCUAGCUCUUUGGAUCAUCUGCAAUUCAUUUCUCAUCCUCCAUUUCCUCUGUAUUUUGAUUUUGUCUUAGAAAGGUACUGUUUUUAUUGCUGCUUCUGAUGGAAGGGUAGAGAGCAGAUCUCUGAUUAGUCAGGAAGUAAUGGAAGAUUUAAAUGGGGAAUGGGGAAACUGCACAGCUGUCCCACCACCCAGGUGAGAUUUAGCCAUUCUUAGGUCCAAUACAAAGCGCCAAACCAUAAUUCACCCAGUGAUGAGGGAAUAGCCAGGCACUGAGAGUGUUUAAAAGUGUUUUAUUACAACUCAUCUGUUUUGUUACAGUGAGGCAAGUCCUUUGAUGCUCACUUGCUUGUGAACAAAUUUCAGAAAGUUUCUUAAGAUUCCAAACCUCAUCAGAGAGUGACCUCUGACUAAGAGGAAUACAUUCCAUUUGAAUGACUCAAGAAUAUAGAUAGACUUCUCGCUCUGUUCAGAUUUCUCACAAUGAUCCCAGAGGGGCCCUCCUAAAACGAGGAGAGGCUGAAUCUCAGUGGGAAGCCAUGGUAUCUUGCUGCAUCUCAUGACAAGAUGAUUGUCCAGGUGGCUCUCUCAGUGUGUCAGCACAGAGCCGUGGGAGUCUGAGCCCGUGGGUGUGUGUGUACUUCUGUGAGGUGAGGCAACAGGAUCUGCAAGUGGGAGAGAACUAAGGUGAAGUCCUGAUUCUGCCAUUUACUAGGUGUGUGCCUGUGAGCUUACAGCAUAAUGUCUUACAGCCUCAGUUUACUCAUCUGCAAAUAGUCUCAGUAACUAUGCCAUGACACUGCCGUGAGGUGCAUACAAAAAGAUGUAAUGGAAAAGUACCUGGCAAGCUCCUGGCCUAUAGAUGAUUGGCACAGAGAGGUAGCCGAUAAAUGAAUUUGUUUUCUUGACCCUUUGCUCUGUCUUCUCCUUCUUCCAAACCACCCCCACACCAACCACACAUGAUGGUCUAGAAUAGUGUGAGGGACGGCUCUGCUUAAAUGUUAUAUUUUCAGAUUUGUUGUUAGGAUCACAUGAAAUGAAAUGUGCAGAGUGCCUAGAAAAGUGCCCACCUCCUAAGUGUUAAAUAAUACGCACUUCCUCUUCCCUUUUCCCUAGGGCUCCAUCCGGUCACUGGAGUACAGAUAAGCAAACCAACGCUGGAUGCAUAGAGGAUGUGCCCAGACCCUGCAGCGUGUGUAGGUGCUGUCUGGGCUGGCUGUGCUCGCGGAUUAAGGCAGACUGGGCUCUACCCAUGGAGCCUGUUUCUUUUGCUCUUGGUCUUGUUCCCUGCAUGGUGGAUUUGCAAGGACGGUUGCUCUGGUUACAAGACCAAAUCACUUCAGUUUCUGUCUCUUCGUCAGUAAAGGUCUCAGGGGAAUUAGCUUAUUAGAGAAAUAGUAGCUGCAUGCUUGAGCUGGCUAGGACAGUAAAGGGACUCAUCAGAGGUCCUCAGUUACAAAGGCACCGGUUCUUCUCUUGAUGAAGCCAGGGUCUCAGUCUCAGUGCUGCAGCAGGCAGCGUGGACAACCCAUUUGUGAUUUCUCCGUCUCCUAUUUUCCACCUUGUGUGAUGGUGACUCCAGUGCCUGAGUCAGUCUGCUUGUUUGAAUGAGUCCUCUUUGAUGUCGAUUCCUUGUUGAGUUCCUCACAGAAUCCUCUAUUGUCCCUGCCUUGCUCUCUCCUGUACUGAUCUCUGUUCCGUGGGCAGUUCCAGCACUCUUCAACGUGCCCCUCUCUCUCCUCUUAAUUCUCGAGAACCUUAAGAAACUUGAAACUGCUGAGGAGGAGAGUAAGACAAGAAGUGGAAGGUGCCAUGGGAGUGAAGAAUGCUGUCUUGUGAAUAUGCUUUUUGUCUUAGCACAGUGAAGCCCACAGGUGAAUGUUAUAUUUUUGCAGACCCAUUCCUUGCACACUGUGUUAUGACAAUAGCAGUGUGUGUACAGGGAGAGAAGGCAGGCACAAGGGAGAUCAGAGAGAGGGCCAAAAGCUGCUAACACUUAUGUGUUUAUUGAAAUCACACAUGGAGCUAGGAGCUUUCACAUGUACUAAUUCAUAUAAUAUUCAGAACACCCUCAGGAAUGGUGUGUUACCCUCAUUGAGACUCAGAGGCACGCUGCUAGAGACGAGCAGUGUUGGGAAGCCACCACAGGUCUGUCUGAGUCCGCACUGCAUGCUCUUUCCAGUUCAGCCAAAUUGCCCUCUGUUCCCAGGGUUGGCCCCAUGUUGCAAAACAUAUUGGGUUCUAUUUACUGAACACAGGAGCAGGUCACUUAAGUCUCUUGUAAGUCUGCUUUCUUUGUGAGCUUUCAGAAAAGAAGGCAGGGGCUUCCAUCUCUUGGGCAAAAAUGGCACCAUGUCCCAAGACCUUCUCUUGGCUCCAAGGGUCAAGUCUAGGAAAUGCCUGUGCUCUUCAGCACUGACACUUUUAACUUUCCUAUUGAGGAAAAAGCCCCCGAUAGUGUUGCCCUGUGGGUGUCUGACCCUAAAUUGUGCACCAGUCUGUGAACUUCAGAGAAGCAAUAUGUAGGAGGGAAUCGUCAACCCUACAAAGAACUGAGGAGAGAGAAGAAUUUAAUUCCAGGCUUCAAGCACACAAGAGAGCAUCAUAUGAGUAAAAGGGAAUAGCUUUGCUUUGUUUUCUUGUUUGCAUAAAACAAGAGAUAUCAAGAAAAAUCACGGCUUAAGAAGAUAGAUUAUGGACUGUGAAAUACAGACUAUAUUCAAUCAAACAUCACUCCAUUCAGGCAAAUGGGAACCAUUGACCUUAAAUGUAUAUGUCUAUGCAAAAAUCUCUCCUUUUCUCCAUCUACUCAUCUGCCUAUCAUCUAUCCUCUGUAGGAUACCCUAUAGGGUACCCCCCUCCACCAUGCCUAACUCAAUGACAGCAUGUCGUUUGUGCUUCCUGUUUCGCAAACACCUGCAACGGUGCCUGGUACAUGGUAAAGUUCAGUAUCUAUUGAAAGAAUGAAUCUAUGGCUUUGAGCUUAGGCAUGAUGCGAGCAAAAUUUUCAUUUGAGCAGAGGCCUUGUAGACAUACACUGGACAGAGUGAAAGGGAGAAAGUCAUCACAAGGAGGGCAGGAAACGGGGGAGGAAGAGAGCUCUGCGUGAGCCGUGUCUGUGAUCCUGAGUGUCUGCUGUGGGAGGUGGUCAUGGGUUGGAAAGGAUGAGGUAGAUAUGAGAGAUACUGAGGAGGGAGAAUCCAGGUGUGUGCCUACUUCCUUUGCCUGAAAGCAAGCAGGCCUGAGUAGAACAGGUAGUCUACUGUAAUCACGUUUUUUUUGCUUGUUUGUUUGUUUCUCUUCGGUAGUAAUACUAAUCUCAUAGUUUCAUAAGUCUUCAUGUUUUAAGAAGCUUAAGCUUCACCAUGCAUAUUUUUCAGACAAAGCGUCUACAACGCAGAGGCCAAUGACUUGUCCUAGGUCUCACAGCUAGUCAGCACCCGGGGGAGAACUGGUGUCCAGGUAUCCUGGCUGCUAGUCCUUUGCUUUCCUGAUCCUGAUCUGCUUCUGCUUCUGCUCUCACUCUAGAACCAGUGUCUUUGCACCCUACCUCCUGCUCUGAGGAAGUCAAACUUCCAUUUUCUCACCAUAUUUGUCCCCGAAAGGGCAACGUAUGCCCCACCCUCAUUUCCAUCCUGCUUACAUUGCACCUUCGUAUCUUAAUUAAAGGACGGAGAACUCAGCAGGAGUAAAACAUUACACUGACCUCACUUCCCAUCAACUAUCUUGAAUAAAGACUGAAAAGGGUAAUGCGAUGAACAGGUGGAUUAGAUCUAGGCCUUUGGACAGUGGAUUCCCAACGUCCCUGGCCCCCUUUAUAAGAGCGUCUACUAUGUACCAGCACUGUACUGAGUCCAAAAGUGUCUAGUGGUAUUAAAUAUGCUCCCUGCCUCUGGGAGCAUAGGGUAGACUUAAGAGGACAACACACACACACACAAAUUCAUAUAAUUAAAAUGCUAAAUGGUGACAUGCAUUCCUUAGAGGUCACCUCCCACUGGGAGAAACUUUGGAGGCUGAUUAAAUCACCGAGAUUACUUUAGAUGCACAAAUGCAUCCCUUUCCUAUACACGUGCUUUCCCCACUCUGGUCAAGUUCAGAGCAAGCUACCUUAGGGAGUAAAGCUGAGAAAGAGGCCGUAUCUCCCUCCCUCCUCCACCCAGCCCAACCAUAGGCACCCAGGGGUCUAUUGUUUUCUCCUGAUAAACAAUAAACACCACAGAAGAGAGAGAGGCCCAGAUACUGGGGUGGCUGGGCACUCAGCUGCCUCUGUCGUCAACGCCACAUCAGUAAACAGCACCAUAGCAAUCAAUUUGGCUUUUUUGAUGAAGACGAAAGCAUAGAGGAAAACCAUUAGAAGAGGUAAUAAAGGCCCUUCUUGUACAGUUAAUAGAGAGCCUCCUGGAUGGAACAAGCCCAGCUGUUGCUGCUGAAAAUUUGCUUCUGUUUCCAAGUUCAAAUAGAGACUAAAACAUUGUCUUCGCGGGAAUUGAUUUUACGUCUUCCAAACACAUAUGCCACCUUAAUUGUGAUUUGUGUGAUAGUUCAGCUGCUGAAAGCUUUCGUUUAUCUCUACCUGGUUAAACAACUUUAAAUAAUAACAAGUCAAUAUAUCUGUCUAUUGACCAGGGUUCUUCUUGCAUCUUCCCAGCUUACCGUUGAGGAAGAGAAAGGGGUUUAACCCUUCAGUGCCCCUGUCCCUGUCCCACAGCCAUUUCCUUAGUCUUGAAUUUAAUGGGGACAUAUAAUCUUUUAAAAAGUAAAGUGAAUAGAAAUAUGCAGGUCCUUGUCUGAUGUGUUUUCUCCUGUAGAGGCUGUUUUUGUUUUGUUUCAUUUUAGCCUCAAUACAUUCUUCGAGGGAAAAAGUCUGAUUUUUGUCAAAUUCUUCUGCACUAAAUUUCCUCAUUCCUUUAGUUACAGAAACUUUGCUUUUGGAUUGAGCUUGAGAAAAGGAUAUUAAAGAUGACUGCUUGUUUUGGAAAAGCCACAUAAACAAAAAGCGUGUGAGCUCCCAUGUGUUUCUUAAGACGUACUUUGUUCAUAGUGCUUAAUGUUAUAUAAAGCGGGGUGGGCAGGGCAAAGGGGAUUAUUUUAUUCUCAUGAACUUAAGGCUAGAGUUCUUUGAAGAGUGAAGAUUUCUGUGGUAAUGGUGGAGAUGGGGAGAAGUUUAGGCUUGUUCGUUUGUUUUUUGAUAACCCAAAUCAUUGUCAGCCAAUAGGAAGCCAAGGAUGGAGCAGGCCUCCAGAGCUCAUCCGGCAGUGCCCUGUCCUUGAAGACCUGCCCGUGAGGCAGAAUGUACCUAGCCAGCAAGUGGCCAUCCUCCUCGGCAAGAGCCAUCAGACUCUCUUCUGACCAGUGGGGUGUGCUCCUUCUGUGAACUUUCUCUUGGUGUCAAGGGUUGGUAAUGCAGACAUGAGUUGAGCUCUGUCUCUCCCUGGGCUGCCCCAACAUUUAACCAGAUGGCAAGGAGAGGGACUGCCUGAAUCCCCAGCUUUCAGUGAACCAGUUACCCCACCCUGACUCCUUCACCCAGUGUUGGCUUGGCUUCUGUAACAGAGCCAAACACGACAGGCUGCCAAGAGGAUUCAUGUGCAUGUGGGCUGCUGGGUAAAACUGCCUGGUGUCAGCAGAGUGCGAGGGCAUGGAGAGGGCCAGCACGUGGUUAUGCUGCUGGGAGAAAGGAAGGUAGACCACACAAAACCCUCCAUCCUUGCCUAGGCUGCCAUGGGGAUGGAGGCAGAGGGAGCUGCUUGUGUCAUGAGUUCAGGAUUCAUUCACAUGUUAAGGAGUUUUUUCAAAUUUUCACAAACUCUCUUUUAGAGCUUUGUUUUCCAGUUGCUAUAAGCCCAGUCCAGACCUCCAUUUACAACGCCUUUCUCCAUGUUGUGUGCUCACUUUCUUUCUCCCUCCCACUUCUCCCAGAAGGCCCUGUAGACAGAGAAUAAACAACAAUAUUAAUAAUAAUAAUAAUUCUUACAAAAGAUUGCUUAUAAACAGUGAGCUGUGAAGAUGGGAAGAUGUCAUUAACUGCUAAUUAAGAAAACACUUCUGUUGGGUUUGUGUUCACCUGAUAAAGAACCUUUCUUGACUCCUGUUUGUUCUCCCUUUGUUUUCCUCCAGGGCAUGGACUAUGUAUUAAUUAUCCACUUAUCUGCAGCUGUGAAUGACUGACUGACUGAAUGAAUGAAUCUAUUUAUUAAUUUUUUUAUUCCAUGGCCUGCUUCACUGGGUGUAUAAACUUCCUCCUUCAAUGUUGAUAUUGAAGUGACAUCUGUAGCAAGAGUUUCUAGAUGCCAUCAUGAAAGGGACUCUGUCCCCAGUGUUAUGGUACCCUGUGUCCAUUAUACUCACCUGUCUAUACUUGUGAUAGUGUAUUGUGUGUUUGCAUAGACAACACUGUAACAAUAAAAGCUGUCCAUUGCCACCUU